UAACAACAAUAAACAAAAAAAAUAACAAUAACAAUAAACCAACAAUAAUAAAUCUUAUUCAUAGACCAGCAACAACAGGAAUUCAACAACAAUAAACGCUGCUAAUAGAUAUCAAGAUGUGUGAAACCGAACAAAUUAAAAAACAAAAACAAAAUAAAAAAUGGAAUCCUCGGAAGCUUCUAAUGCAAAGUACAAGUAGAAUAAACCAUCAUCGAAUUCGAACAACAAAUCCACAGCACUCCGGAGCACAUUUAGCAAGCCAAAUCCGUCAAGUGGUUCAUUUUGAUGGGGGUGGGGAGAAGAACGGAAUUGAUGGAAUACUAGAGAUUGAAGGGAUUGUUGUUGGAAAAGUUGGGAGUGCUGGCAAUGGAGGUAGUGUCACCUUUGGGAUUGUGGGCAUUGUAGGCAGUGCUGGUUGUGGUAAAGUUGGGAUUUGGGUCCUCGGGAGUGGUGGUAGAGUUGGGUUAGUCGGGAGGGUAGGCAAUUGGGUAGAGGGCAACGGCGGCAAUGUGGCCUUGGGCAGCGUUGGUACUGAGGACAUUGGCGGCAAUGUGGGCAAUGUUGGCUUCGGCAGAGACGGAAUGGUAGGCACAGUGAAGCUCGGUGGUGGAGCUCCCGGCGUGGCCAAAAGGUUUCGAGCUGCAAGGCUGAAAUGGGUGCUUGAGAGUGACAACACCAUGGACAAAGACAAAAUGAAGAAAAGCUUGGGAAAGGCCAUGAUCGAGUCUCUGAAAUGUUUUCUUCUUUUUCCGUUUGGUUACACUCUUUGAAAUGUUUUUGGUUUGUGGAGAGG